GUUGAAAUGUGAUCUGGUGUCAAUAAUCACGGCUAAUCUCAUUUCUGCGCUUAAGUAUGAAAUUUUGUGGAGUAAUAUACGCCACUAAAAAGCACGAUAGCUGGAGUUAAACUGAAAAUGUCUGAUACUUACCUCCAAGAGCUUUUGGAAGAAAAAGAUGUAUUAAAUCCUGAUACUCACCCUCAUUCAAUAAGAUUAUUGGAAGAUGAGGUAUUAAGAGUAACCGGAAAAACUGCUGAGUCAUCAGGAUAUAUAUCAACACAAGAUGAGGCUGAACCAUCUAAUAAUCGUAAACCUCGUUAUAAGUCUUACACAGGAGCUGUUGUUAACGAAGAAGUUGUCAAACUUACUGAAAAAGUUGUUGUACCUGUGAAAGAAUAUCCAAAGUUCAAUUUUGUUGGAAAGUUACUUGGACCUCGUGGCAAUACUUUAAAACGCCUUCAACAAGCUACACAAACAAGAAUGUCAGUUUUAGGAAGAGGUUCAACAAGAGAUAAAGCAAAGGAGGAGGAGUUAAGAAACAGUGGCGAAUCAAAAUAUGACCAUCUGAAGGAACCUUUGCAUGUGCUUAUUGAAGUUGAAGGUCCAAAAAGUGAAGCGCAUGCAAGGCUAGCUGCAGCCCUUGCUGAAAUAAAAAAGUAUAUGGUUCCAGAAAAUGAUGAAAUUCGUGAAGAACAAAUGAGGGAAAUGGCUCUUCUAAGUAAUAUCAAUCCUGAUGCAGCAACAGCUGUUAUGUCAGGUGGUCGAGGAAGAGGGUUUGCUUCAGCACCAAUUGUUAGAGUUGGUAUUCCUCCACCUGGUGCUAUAAUACUAAAUGGAUCACAUUCCCUAGGAUUUCGUGGAGGCAGAGUUUCAAGAGUGAUAACACGUGGCGGUCGAAGAUCGCUCUCAAUACCUAGACAUGCCUCCACUGCUCCAGAUAGAUAUGCUUAUGAUGCGUAUGAUACAACCUAUGAUGCAUCAUAUGAAGGAUAUCCAGAUAGCGGAGAGGCUGUAUAUUAUGAAUACUCUGAUGAAUAUUUACCUACUGGUUCAACACCUCAUGGUAAUAAGCGACCUGCAGUUGGUGCUUCUGCUAGCUUUCUAACAAAGAAAUAUCGAUCUGCCGAAGGUUAUGGCGAUGUGAUGUAUCCAAAACAAGAUUCUGAACCUUAUUAAGUUUUAUUAAAAGAUUUUAAUAUUAAAGUAUUAAAUCUUUGAUUUUAGUGUAAAGAGAGAUUUAUAUGCUUAGUUAAGAUUUCGAUUUGUGUUGCAUCAAUAACCUUUUUAUUUUAAAAUUAUUAAGAAUUAAAAAAAAUUUUAAACAUCAACUUUUUAUUUUUUUAUUUUUUAAACAUAAAAGUUACUUUAAACUCAAACAUGUAAUAUUUUUGAAUAUUUUUUGUUUAAAGAUUAUUUUGUUUUAUAUUAAAAAAAUUUUCUUAAUUUUUUAAAGUUAUUUUUUGUUGUUUAUAUGUAUACUUUUAACUAAUGCUUACAUAAAUAUAAUAUUAUCUGACCACUUUGCAUAUUUAAAUUAAGUGAAGGUAUAAAUCUGAACUGAAGUCUGAUAUAAAUUUAAAAUUUCUGUAAACUAUGUUCUGUAAAUAAUAAAACUAGUUGACUUAAGUUGCAAAUAUUAACUUUAUUUUUUUUAAAUCUCCAUUAUUUUAAAAAUGUUUCUAAUAAACAUAGCUUAAAUCUUAACUUACUAAAUUACUUAUUUAUUUUAGAUCAAAUCUAAGUUUAUUUUAGGAAUUUUUUCAAAAAAAAAUCAUUUAAGAAAAAGAGAGUUCAUUUGCAACAUAAGAUAUCACAAUGUAAACAUUUAAACUAUUUUAAACUAGAGGUAAUAAGAUUGUAACAUAAUUAUUUUGAAUUAGGUGUGCAAUAAUAGUAAAUGUAUUUAAAAAAAAAAGGCAUUGAAUAAGAGUUCUGAUUUUCUUAAUGCUAUCAAAAUCUUUUGUAGUCCACUUUUUAUAAUGCCUCAAGUUUCGCUAUAAAAAUCUUUUGUUAUUCUCUGGCUUCACAUUUUUAUAAUGGUUCCAGUUUCACUAUCAAAAUCUUUUUUUUUUUUUUCUUUUUAAUGUGUGUAGUUCUCUGCUUUCACAUUAAAAUUUUUUUUUUAACUUCACCUUUAGUUUUUAGGGACAUAAACAAUUGCACUUGUUUUAAAUAUUUCAAAAGAUAAAAUUUUAAUAAACAUUUUUAAAACUUUGUACAAUUGUUAUUUCUUUUAUAGAUUAAAAAUUAAAUUUUUAACUAUUUAAACUACUGAUUGGUAAGUAGAUUCUCUUAACAUUAACUCUUUAAAAGCAUUGUUUGGAUUAUAUUGUUAAAUUUAGUUAUUAAAAAGAAAUAUUAAAAUAAAUGAUUUUACUAAAUGUGUAUUUCAAAUCUAUUAAAAUAUUUUAAUGCCUAAAAUCUUUAACUAUUUUUAGAAGUAUCAAUUCUAUGAUCCUUUUUUAUAAAUCAUGGUCAUCCUAAAUUGGUUUUUAAUUUUGUGUGACAAUGUUAGAAGUAAUAAGGUGAUAAUUUUGUGGGAGUGUGUGAACAAUAUGGCGUGUGGUAAACUUGGUGUAUCAAUGUAUUUGGAAUUCCAUUUUUGAUCUAAAAAGAUCUUUUUUGAGAUGUAGAUUUAUGAAAAUUGUGAAAAAGUUGUUAUAUUUUA